GCCCCGGGCGCCGCCGCCGCCGAUCCCGCGGCCCGGCCGCGAGCUCAAGGUGCGGUCGCUGAGCCCCUGCUACGAGGUCUGCGAGAUCUGCACGUGGACCGAGGGCGGCAUCGUGAGCCGGAGCCAGGGCAACGUCGUCGCCGCGCUCGGCGGGCCGUCGGGCCACGCGCUGCCCGCGGACGUGCGCAAGGCCGCGCGCCGCGAGCUCCGGCCCGAGGAGACGCUGGCCAUCGGCUACGCGGACCAGCGGCCGCGGGACACGCAGCUCCUGGGCAAGUGCCAGACCGUGCCCGUCGUCAACCCGGACGAGCGCGCGGCCAAGUGCCCCUGGAUCGGUACGGACUACGUCUGGGAGUCGUGCCUCGUCCUCGACGUCGGCCCGGCCUGGAAGGUCGGCGGCGGGUCGCCCGAUUUGAACGUGCCCAAGCACGGCGGCUGGAUCCAGCUCCUCGCCGUGCCGCCGGACUACGCGAACCUGCCGCCGCCGCCGGGCGCCGUCUUCCAGAUGGAGUGGAAGGGCACGCAGAUCUUCGCCACGGAGCAGGGCGAGAUGAUCAAGCGCCGCGUCGACGACGGCGUCGAGUUCGAGCGCAAGCGGCUCUCCGCGCCGCCGCCGCCGGAGCUCUACAACAUGCGCCCGCCGCCGCCGGGCCGCAGCUCCUACGAGGCGGACCUGGGCCUCUCCGUCGCCGUCGACGGCCUCAACAACCUGCCGUCGUCGAAGCACGACCCGCCGUCGCUCUACAAGGUCGUCACGGUCAUCUCGCCGCCGGGCCUCUACCUGAGGGACCCGCCCCUCGCCGAGGACGCCCAGUUCACGCUCAAGCACGACCUCGACGCGUGGCCCCAGCACCCGCGGUUCCUCGACGGGCCCCGGCGCUUCCGCGACAAGCCCCGGUCGCCGUCCCUCGCCGCCUUCUUCGAGAUCCGCCCCGCGCACGCCGCCGACGACCGCCGGCGCGGGGGGCUCGUCGCCGACGUGCCGACGUCGCCGAGCCGGCGCUACUGGGCCGUGCUGCCGCUCUUCCAGCGGCCCACGCGGCCGUCCGCGUUCCUGCGGCGCUGCGACUACGUCGACAGCGGCGCCUUCGUGCUCCCGCUGUUCCGGGGCACGAUCCAGGGCAGCAAAAGAGAGCGAAAUUCCCAACUUCAAAGGCUCCUCUCUCGGCCGUUUUCCACUCGCACGAUCCCGGCCACGGUGCUCGCCGCGGCGCACGCGGGCGACUGCGUCGUCGACGCGCUCGCGGAAAUCGCGGCGGCCGCGCCCCGGAAGCGGCGGAAGGGCGCGCCGCCGCCGGACUUCGACCUCGUCCCCGGCGGCGCGUCGUUGCUCGUCCGCGUCGUCGACGCGCAGCUCGACGAUCUGCGCGACUUCGCGCCGCCGACGCGGCCCGAGUACGCGAC